AUGGCACGCGUAUUCAAGGCGCAUGUAUACGAUUCCGUUUCGACGCUGAGUCGUCGGCGACGGCGUAUCAAGUACACCUUUUUUCGACUGUGGGUUCUCCAGGCUUUGUUUGGAAAUAUUGAACACAUGCAUUCGAAUGCUUGUCUACUACGCAGCCUUGAGGACCAGAAGCGCAUGUGUAUCGAAUUACAAACUAAUGCUGCCCUUUAUCAAAGUAAUAUUGCAGAACUCCAAGCAUCAAUUGUGCAGCUGAAGGGCAAACUGAUGGAAAAGCAGGAUGAGCUCAUUCAGUUACAUGAUAGUACUCAGACUACGCGAUUUAGCAUCCACCAAGCUGCACAGAAUUUAGAACGUGUGCAGGGUAUGUUAGACGCAGUGAAAACAAUUCAUCCAGGCACAAUCGAACGCAUCGAGACAAUGUAUAAGGACAACUCACCCCUCGUUCAAGACAUUCAUGAUCUCAUUAUCCUUCACGCAGCAAAAAGACGCGAGCUUUUGUUUGAAAUUGAAUUAGAUCAAACAGAGUCGGAGUUGCGGAUUGCUUCGAAAAAAAAUGACAGCCAAGAUGACCAGAUGUUAUUGUAUCGGGUAAAAUGGGUGCUUUCUCGCCUAGAUCUUGGAAUGCAUAAGCAAAAUAAAUGCGACUACAAUACAGGGAUGAACGGUCAUUGUGUAGAUACUUUCAACAUGAUGUGCGCACUUUUUGAGUUUAUUCGGAAUGGGGACACUGCGUCACUAGAACCAGAAAGCAAUCCAAAGCAUUACGGAAAGGUGCAAAGUAAUAGAGGUGUCGGCUACACUUUGCAGCGAAAUGACUUCAAUUGUCAUGUCGUUUGCCGUUCCGAUGUUGUGGACGGCUCGGACACAUGGGAUUCGUUCUUACAAUUGCUGAUUAACAAGUUCGUACCAAACAAUAUGCUUGCUGUCAGAGAGCGUCUCGCGCGUCGUACAGCCAAAUUGGAUGCUGAAGCCAAUGAGGCUAAAGCGGGUUUGCAUCUUCACCAUCUAUACAGGAAACGGUAG